AUGAGUGAAGAAGGCAGCCCCCGAAACUCCGUAGAGGAUGUUUUCAUUCCCAAGGAACUGCUUACAACGGCCAAAUUCAACUCACCCUGGGAAUUGGCAAGAUGGGAACAAUCCCUCCCGGAGAACAACCGUGUAUCUAUUCCUGCGCAGCCUCGCACCUCAGGCACUCGCCCCCUCAGUCUUUCUGCCCUGCGAGCCGUAGCAAGACCUCGAUCUGCCAUUCGACCUCGUGGACGUAGCGACCCUCCGGCUUUUGAAGGCUCAACAUUCGAUUAUUUUGCAAAGCCGGCUACAUUUGAGCCGGCAUCUCCAAUCCCUGAAAAGGAACCCAUUACGCCAGUGCAAAAUGCUUUCAUUAGCCCAAGCAAGAACAGCUCCAGCUCUGAUGUCUCCAGUGGUGGACGAAGCGAGCUGCAAGAGGUUUACGAAAAGGCCAAACUAAGGGGCGUGGCUAUUCAACGCAAGCAUUGGGUCCGGCUGCUGUUUGAAUACAGCAUCUACGCCUUUCUCGUCCUCUUUGUAUAUUUCGUCCUUGUUGGCAUGCCUCUUUGGAAAGGUGCAGUUUGGUGGCUGUAUUACGUUGUUCGAACAAAGUUCGUCAUCCAAGGUGGAUAUGCCAUUACAAUUGGACUGGCAGCACUUUAUGCAUUCUGCCCACUUAUGAUUCUGUUUGAAAAAGACCCCCCUGCAGUCCCUGAAACCGACUCACCAGAUUUGGAGAGCAACAACUCGAAUGUCAAGUCAACUGCUCUUUUGAUUCCUUGUUAUAAAUCGGCCACUAUCAUCGGUCCAACACUCGAAGCUGCACUCAAGAUCUUCCCAAAGGAAAAUAUUUUCGUCGUUGCAAAUGGCAAUUCCAAAACACCUCUCGACAACACCGAGGGAGUCUGCAAGCCCUUUGGCGUCAACCAUCUCUGGGUUCCAAUUGGUUCCAAGAUCGUCGCCCAGUUCGUUGGAUGCUAUGCCGCGAAAGACUUCGAGAAUGCAGUUCUCAUCGACGAUGACUGUCUCCUACCCCCAAACUUCCCGAUUGUCAGCGACAGACUCAAGGGCAAUGUUAAGUGUCUGGGCUACACCAUUAAGAGCGUGGGUCCCAACUCCUCCAAAGGCACCUACUGUCAACAGGCGCAGGACCUGGAGUAUAAGAUGUCUGGUAUCCAGCGCCAAUUCUUCGGCAAAAUGGGAAGUGCCACCUUCCCACACGGCGCCAUCUCUCUUUGGAAUAUCGAGUUCUUGAAACAGACCUUUCAUGAACAUCCCGGAUUCUCGGUGUCAGAGGAUUGGUUCUUCGGCGAUGCAUGCCGACGCCUUGGUGGUCGAAUCACUAUGUGUUCGCAGGUCUUUGUCGAGACCGAAACGCCUUCAUCGGUAUUCAUCAGUGGUAGUGGCAGCCGUGGCGGAUUCGGUGAGAUGACCAUCUUCCAACAACGAUUCAAGAGAUGGAACUUUUUCUUUGUCGUUGGCAUGUACUACGACCUCAAAUAUAUUCUCACGAGCUGGAAACUCGGCUGGUGGGAAAUUGGAGCUAAGCUCUGCGUCUUCCAGGAGGUCUAUGAAACACUCAUCUAUUUGUUCGCCCCGUUCAUCCUGCCCAUCUCGUUCGUUGUCCGUCCGUCUUUCUGUGGAAUGCUGCUCGGCGUCACGAUCGGAAUGUACAUCAUCAACGUGAUUAUCUUCAACGAGAUCCACCUCCGCCUCAAGAAAGAACGCAUCGAUUGGAAGGUUCUUCUCUUCUAUUACACAUUCUACAAGAUCGCCUUGACCGUCAUCAAUGUCUUCAGCUGUUACUGGUCGCUUUACAAGUACGCACGCUAUUUCGCGCAACGGCAUCCUAAGGUCAUCGAAGACCGGGAUGCGGUUGAAGUCUUGCUGAGUCUUGAGAAAGACUCCAGACGUCCUUCCACUGCCGAUGAUGUUAUUCCUCUCGACGCGGCUGCCGAACUUGGUCGUGGUCUGGGGCGCAAGUUGACACUGACGAAGGUCCAGACUGGGAAGAAGCCGGCUCGGUCGGAGUUUGAUGAAAAGGCGUCUGCUAUGGGGUGGGCUUGA